AUGUCCGUUACGAAAGAACCUCGAAAAUCUGUGGCAUUCAGUGAAGGCACGACAGUUGUGGAUGGUGAGGGAGGAGUAACCCAAGUAAAUGGAAGUGGAACAUCAAACAAGAACUCAGCGGAAAGUCAUUCAACCAGUGCGUAUACAGGGUCACCGGCAUCAAAGCGCAAAGACUCAUUCAUGACAGGCAACGGCGACGCAGCGCCGUCAGAUCCAGCGGUAGACGAAGUCAACGAGCUCUUCAAAGGCCUCGGUAAGAAGAAGAAAAAGCCAAAAGCAAAAGAUGAAGCGGUAGAGGGCGCCGACGAAGCGGCUCCGGCAGCGGAUAACGAAUUCGAUCCUACAGCAUUGAAGAAGAAGAAAAAGAAGAAGCCUGCAAAGACGGAUACCGACGAAUUUGAGGCCAAAUUAGCCGAGGCAGGUGUCGGCGCCGAAGCAGAAACGAACGGAGAGAAAGCAGAAGAGCCGGAUGAAGUAGAGGGAGACAUGGACGCUGGGACAGGAGUAUGGGGCCAUGAAGAAACAAAGCAAUUAAAAUAUGAGCAGCUGCUUCAAAGGUUCUUUGCACACCUGCACAGCGCACAUCCAGAUCUUAUGUCGGGCGGCUCAAAAUCAUAUGUCAUUCCGCCGCCUCAGUGCUUGCGAGAAGGCAACAAGAAGACCAUAUUCGCAAAUAUCCCAGAUAUCUGUAAAAGAAUGAAACGCAGCGACGAGCACGUUACACAAUUCAUCUUUGCCGAAUUAGGAACUAGUGGCAGCGUUGACGGCAGCAAAAGAUUGGUGAUCAAGGGGCGGUUUCAGCAGAAACAGAUUGAGGUUUGGAGUCCUUCGCCGAUACAUUGGGGAAAAUCGUUUGAGUUUUAUCACAUGCAAUUCCUGCGGAUCGAGAAGAAGUGUUCAAGCAAUCAAAACCGGCUAUUCCGCCCAAAUUGGCAAGAGAAAACGACAACAACAGUAAUCGACGCGAGGAUUUCCGUUUCUGUCACCUUGAAGAUAGCAAUGGCGUCAUCUCCACCUCCAAACUACGGCAGUCCAGCCCCGCAAUACUUCCCUCCUCCUCCAGGAGGAGCCCCGCCGCCUCAUGCUCAGAGCUAUACGCCACCAGUCCAGCAAGCAUUCCCACCCCCGCCAACCUCACCUGGCUACCCAUCCUAUCCUCCCCCACCUGCAGCCCAACCCUCGCCCGGUAUCAAUGGAGGCAGCUACCCCCCGCCGCCCACACAACAGCCCCCACCGCAGCUUCAGAGCCAACCCUCCUACGCUCCGCCUCCUCAAAGCUACCCCGCUGACAAGAAAGACCCUGCCUCAUUCCAAGAGCCACCGCCCUCAGGAGGCCACACCGGCGCUCAUGCAACCUCAUCCCAAACAGCGGAAAAGCAAGAGAAAGCCCUCGAUGCUGAUAAGCCCGCAUUAAUGCCCGGUGGAGCUCCCUCAGCGGGUCAUUUCUCAGGCGCUACAGCAACACAGGACGAUGUGGGCACCUUCAAUGGGGGAAGCUACAGGAUCAGUCACCGGGAUUGCAACACUAUCCUGACUUUACAGUUGGCGAUGGGCUGUCCUCUACAAGCAAAACCUGGCAUCAUGAUCGCCAUGUCCCCCACCGUGACCCUCAAAGGCGCCAUCAAAUUCUCGCUCAAGAAAUACGUCGGCGGCGGCGAAAUGACCACAUCUACAUACACAGGGCCUGGAGAAAUCCUGUUCGCCCCUUCCUACCUCGGUGAUAUCACGACGCUGAGGUUCACGGGUCAAGAAACGUGGAAUGUGGGCAAAGACGCUUUCAUGGCGGCUACGCAGGGCGUGGUAAAAGAGAUGAAGAAUCAGAGUUUUAGCAAGGCGAUGUUUUCUGGGGAGGGGCUUUUUGUGUAUAAAUUGAGUGGGAGGGGCAUAUGUUGGUUGAGUAGUUUUGGGGCCAUUAUUAGGAAGGAUCUCGUCGAAGGCGAAAAGUACAUCAUCGAUAACGGCCAUCUUGUGGCCUGGAACUGCAAGUACGUAAUGGAACGCGUAGCCAGCGGUGGAAUCAUCUCUGGUAUCAGCAGCGGGGAAGGACUCGUAUGUAAAUUCACAGGGCCGGGGACAGUGUUCAUGCAGACGAGGAACCCGGGUGCAUUCGUGGCUUGGAUGGGUGCACAUACAGCGCAAGGAUAA